AAUACGACGCCUCGCCAGACCCCAGCUCCUGCGCGGCCGCGCGACCUGGAUUUUCAGCCCGGGAUUGCCAGGAUGACCAGCAAAUCGAGCCGCGGUAAGCGGUAUUCCUCAGGGCUAGCCGUGCUAGCGCUACGAUUCUAGGCCGCCGCGCGAGAACGCGCGCGCUCCGUCGCACCGGGAUAGUACGGUAAGAAAGCGACUGACCACGCCCACAUCCUUCACGUCAUUCCGCUGCGGUUGUCAACCGUCUCAACGUCUCAUCACGAAAGUGCCGGCAUAUCAAGAUGGACCAGUAGAUCCGAGCCUUUUUCAGCGCGUCAACAACAAGGUCUCGGCCGUCGUCGAGAAGUAUCUGCUGGACGACCAGGACGUGACGCCCAAGAACACGCGUAAGGCAUACGGACCAAAGCAGGCCGAGUGGAUGAAAUGGUGCAAAUCUCGCUUCCCAGAGGUCCCGCCUGGUUGGCCGGCGCAGUACCAAAUAGGCAGCGCCCUGCCCGGGAAUCUUGUUGACGAGGGGAAGCUGGUGGUGCUCUUUCUGGACGAAGAGAAUCAAGAGAUCGCCUCCCGCGCUCCGAAAUGCGGCAAACGUCGCAAGGCCGGGACGCAACGCUCAGGGCAGGAAGGAAGUUGAAGAGGCGGAAGAGGGAAAGCCCGUUACCGACGUCGACUGGUGCGGCCGAUGUGAUUGUCGUUGGCGGGGAUCCGGCCGAAGAUCCGAAGUUAGACCCAAACUCGGA